AUGAGUGGCCGAUUACAUCAAAAUGAUUGUGUUGCCGAAAGUAGUAGUCAAGUUAACAUUGAAAAUAACGAACAAAAAUUAUUGUUAGACAAUAUUACUAUUGAAACAAAAGAAUUACAAUCCAGUAGCAAGACUGAACAGAAUGAAGUAAAUGAAAAUCUUCAACAACUAUCAAAAGAUUUACUACUCCAAGAAGAUACAGAGAACAAAAAAGUACAGGACGAUGAAAUUGAUUAUGACGAUCCAGGAUUUUUUAAUUGGAAAANUUCAUCAUUGGCGUCAGAAGGAUUUUUUAAUUGGAAACAGAUAAGUGAACGUUUAAAAGAGCACGAAUUAUCUAUUUCACAUAAUAUAGCUCAAGAAAAAUGGCUACAACUACGUAUGAGACUUAAUCUCCAUACAACUAUAGAUAAUGAUAUUCAAAGAAACGUAAAUAUUGAAAAAGAACGUUGGCGUAAUAUUCUUAAACGAAUUAUUGCAUGUAUAGAAUUUUUAGCAGAGCAUAAUGACGCUUUUCGUGGUACAAGUUCUAAGUUAUAUACAGCUAAUAAUGGUCCUAGGAUACAAAAUGAACUUAUUAAUAUUAUUGCCACAAAAAUACGUGAUGAAAUAAUAAAUCGAGUAAGACAAAAUUUUACACUAAAACUAAUGUCAGAUACUAGAUGGGAAUCUCGGGUCGAAUCGGUUAAGCCUAUCCGUUUUCAAUUAUGCCAAGUACAUGACGCUUUAAUAGAAAUUAGUGAAUCAACGAAGGAUCCUAAAAUAAAAAGUGAAAGCUCGUCAUUAGCAAACUAUGAAUUUUGUUAUGACUUUAUUUUAAGUGUUGUUAUUUGGUACGAACUGUUAUCUGCUAUAAAUAAAGUUAGUAAGAGUCUUCAGAGCAAAAAUAUGGAAUCGAGUAAUGCUGUACAGUUGUUAAGUGGUCUUAAAGAUUUUUUUUAUAAUUUUAGAAAUGAAGGGUUUGAGUCGUCAAAAAAAAAUGCGCAAAAUUUAUGUGAAGGCUUUGAUAUUCAAGCAGUUUUUAAACAAUCUAGAAUUAAAAAAAAAGUUAGGCAGUUCAAUUAUGAAAGCAAAGAUGCACGUCUAAAUUCAGCUGAGCAAACAUUUUACGAUGAUUAUUUUUUAGCCGUAAUAGAUCAAGCAAUCGUAUCAAUUAAUAAACGUUUUGAACAACUAUCUCAUCAUUCAGAAUAUUUUGGAUUUUUAUAUAAUAUUGAAAAUUUAAAAACGACAUCUAUGACACAAAAUCGUCUUUCUGAUCUAGCAAUUAUUUCAAUAGAACGUGAUCUGUGUGAAAAAUUAGAUUAUGAUGAUAUUAUUGAAAAGUUUGCCGAAAUAAAAGCCAGAAAAAUUGAUUUUAUGUAA